CCUUGUCCCAUAAACCUUGCGAUAUCCUAACAGUUAGCAUGUCUAUUGCACUCAUUCUAUUGAGUUUCGCUUUAGUUCCGUCUGCAGUAGGCGUCUGCGGAGACGAUAUUAUGUGGUCACAUCAAGUUAAUAUCGAUGACGUGUACGGAAUUUGGUAUGGUGUGGGUUACGCCCAACAUAAUCCAGAUAUGACUAACCGGCCAAAUGAUGUAGGCUGUGUCACUUUGUACAUAUCAGAUGCAAGCGAGGAGUUUGUUACCAGGGAUAAUAUGUGGGAAUUAACUAUGCAACACAAAAAUAACACAGACCAAAAUUGGCGUUCUUCCAAAAGCAAUCCUUGGUCUCAUAACUCUCUCGCCGGAUCCUGGUUGGACAUCAGGUUAAAGAGACGAGCUAAAAGACAUGUUUCGAGCCAGAAAAGGAUUCGAGUGCUUUGGGAUGAAGAUGGCCAUACGAUGGAGCAAGUAUACCUUUAUUACUUGGAAGAGCCUGGCUUCUGGACGGCUGAUACGUCAACCACAUGGGAAAGGGAGAUGUCUUCAAGAGGCAUAGAAGUUUGGUAUCCUGAUGAUCCCCCGCGGCAUCCCGACAUCAUCAGACUACUGAAAGUGACUCCCUACACUCUCAUUUUAAACCACUGCUCUGAGAUCGGUGAUGGUGGCAUAUUCUCUCUAGUAUUACGCCGAUCUCCUUCCAGGGUUGAACGAUGGGAGUGGUAUGAUUACCAACGACAGUUUUACAGUUUUUCUCUCCCCAAUGUAUACCGGUAUUCAGCUGUUUGUUCCAGUUGCGUAAAUAUUUGCUCACUGAUUUUGAUAAUGUUAAACUUUAUUGCCAUUUUAGUUUCUGGUCAGUUGUGAAUAGAGAAAAGUUUGUGAAUUAGGGAUGGGGUUUUGUUUAUUAAUAAAUAUGAAGCUUUAAA